AUGUCAAAGUCUGCACUCAACAUGGCGGGAACACCCGAAAUCAAUGAUGGAAUCAGGGAUCUAAAGGCUUAUAUGGAAGAAAAUCCAUCAUUAUGGCAACAGCCUGCGUAUCGCUGGGCAGCUGAAGCAAUGCUGUGGAGGUUCAAUGGUCUUCUUACUGAUCCGAUCGAAAGCCCCCGACUUUUGGCAAUUGAUGCAAUCAAUGAAUUAAAUAGGGAACCAGAAACAAAAUCUAAGGUCGUCGCAAAUGCUGAAGUCUCCAGCAUUUCACAAGCUUCAAGCCCUGCAGAUAAAGAAGAAGAAGAAGAAAUCCAAAAGAAGAAGACUACAGUUGGAAAUUCCACAGUAGAAGCAAUUUUAACGACAGUAGAGACCGGCCAUAGUCCAACGUCAGUCCCUCCAAUGGCAAAAGAGUAUGUAUUAACGGCAAGUUCCAUGCUAGAUCGACUUAUGGCCCUAUCAGACGCUGGAAUAAACAGUUCGGAUCAAGCAGUAGCCACAUCCACUUUCUCUGAGACGGAACAAAUUGCCAUCCUAGAGGAACUCGAUAAAAUCUUGCUGAAAUGCAAGUCGGCCGACGCUCCAGAAGAGCUAAGACCGAAGCCGGUGAAAGAUUCAAGGUUGCAGUUUAUCGAAGAGCUACGAUAUAGCAACAUACUGGAAGAGUCAAGACAGCAGUCGAUCGAAGAUCUAAAAGCCGAGCACCAGAGAGUUUUGGCGGAUCUCACAAAAAAACACGAAGCAAUCAAGUUUGAGAACAGAAACCUGAAGGUGGACCGCAACAAGGAGCUGGAGGAACUUCGGAAAGGAAACUCAACACUGCGUGGGAUGUCAUCGGGUCUCGAGCAGGAGGUGACGCAAUUGCGAGCGGAACUUCAGUUUGAAACCAAGUGCCUUAGAGUGGGCCACAAGCGAGCUUAA